AUGGUGUUGGACUCGUUUUUGAACGACGAGAACACCUGCUCCAGUUCAUUUUUGUCGUUGAAGUCACCAUACUUUGUGUGCAUAAACUUCACGAACGCAUUGAACACCAGGCCGUCCGAUCCAGACUCUGCAAGCAUCUUCUUAGCGUCGCCCCCAUCUUUAAUUCCCAGGCUGGAAUGCGUAUUCUUGAUAUCUUCUGCAGAGAUUUUACCAUCGUGA